AUGAAGCAAUGGACUGGGCAGUUACGCUCACCAGCAUCGUCUGAGGUCGCUUCUCUUGGAUUGGCUAGCUCUAGUCCUCCCGGUGUUGACUUUGCCUCGCCGCGGGUGUGCCGCGCUGAAGCAGGGGGAUGCAACGACGCCGAGGCAGGGUGCCGCCAUGGCCGAGGUCGGCAGGCUGCAGAGGACGGCCAUGGGGUUAAACCAGAGUGUCUAGCGCCGGCACACAGAAGGCGAGGCGAGGAGCUGAGGAGCCCGGAGGAAGGACGGGUGCGGGUGGAGACGGAUCUUGCGGUGGCAGGUGGCGCAGACCUGGAGCGGAGGACGCGAGGCGAAGGCGGGGCUCCAUCAGCACGUGUGGCUACGCCGCUGCCCGGGAGAGGUUGCGGCCUCGCGGGGAAGAAGCUGGACGCGAGAGCCGAAGGUGAGCGGGCGGAACCAGGUGCGGCCCGCGAAGGUUCCUGA